UAAAUGAUAAGACGAAAUUCAACAUGGCCGAUAGCAAGUCAAAGAAAACCACAUUUGGACAAAUGUAGCCAAUAUAUCCGUAAUAUACUUCACUUUGAGAGUAGUUUUUUAAAAAUAUAUGAUAUAUAGCUAAUGUGGUUGAUUUGUGUUUUGCAAUAGUUUAGCUACUCAUGACUUCACAUAAUUGUUUGGUCAUUAGCUAGCUGACAUUUUUCGAAUAGCUGGCUACAACGCUAACGUUAGCUAGCCACCAACAACAAGCCUGCAAUUUUUUUCGCCGUGAGGACAUGUGCUAGCUAGCUGGGAGGUGGACAAGUGUCGCUCCGAUUCAUUUAUGGAUUUCCAAGCUAUUACUUUGAGACGCCCGUUCUUUUAAUUAGACGGCUUCGUAUGCUAGGUACUUUGGCUCGAAGGUUGCUGCUUAGUUUGGGGCUCGGGUGGAGUCUGUCACUGAUAGCAUUUUUUUGUCAGGUAACUAACUAGCCGGCUUUAGUUUGUGUUAUUGACACAAACGACCAGAGAGCACACCGCUAGUUGCAGAAAGGUUUAAAGGAACUGAGCCCUUCUACGUGGAAAAAUAGCUAACAUGGAUCCGAAGCGUGGAUACAACAGAAGACAUCAAAACAGCAGCGAUUCGAGCAGUAACAGCCCGGGGUCGCCUGCCAGUCCUGCACCGGGAGUCAGCAAAGCAGCGGCGGGCAAUUCAUUUGCCAAUGAUGGAAGUUUUAUGGAGAUGUUCAAGAAAAAAAUGGAGGAAGAGAAAAGGAAAAAAGAAAUGGACCAAGAUAAAAGUACUGCUGACGAAGGACAGUCGACACAGGAAAAGAAGACUCCAAGUGUGACCAGCUUUGUGGGGAAGCGCAGAGGUGGCUCUAAAUUGGCCCUCAAGACUGGCAUGGUUGCGAAGAAACCGAAAGUGGAUCCUGAGAUGGAGGGCAAGGGGGAUGCCUGGACAAAAUACAUGGCAGAGGUGAAAAAGUAUAAAGCCCACCAGUGUGGCGAUGAUGACAAAACCAGGCCUCUGGUCAAAUAGACUCUGGAGGACCUUUUAGAAAGAACAAUAAACAGGAAUUGGGACAGCCAUCAAACCUUCUGCCAUACUUUUUACUCAUUACAGCUGUAGAAUUUGUCACCUAUUUAAUAUUUGUUUAAUCUUGUUUUUCCCGUUUGCUUUUUGGGUUUAAAUGAAUGUCAGCUUGUGUGCUGUGUGGGGCAAUAGUAGUUUGAUGUGGAGUUAAGGCUUUUGGGACUGUAUUGGAGUACAUUAAUGGUCCUGGUUGAUUAUUUAAGGUUUAUACUGUCAGGAUUGUAGCUCCUGGAUUAAGUCAUGAGUUAUUUUCUGAGUUCGGUUGAGAUAUGGCAUUUGAUGUCAGCUAAAUCAAAGUUGAAAUUAUAAGCACCGCCCAUUGACCUGUGUGUUGUGCCUUGGGUGUGUUGGCUUUGUCUGGACCCCUAACCCUAAAGAACCUCUGCUGGUUCAACCUCAGUCUGGAGGAAGCACAGAAAGUUGUGCAGCCUUGAGUGUUGAUUCGUUUGCCUUUUUGGGCUGCUUCAGAUAAGCAACCGUCAGGCAGUUUCUCCUGUUUGUUACCCCUGUCAAAUAAACUUUUGAUUAAUCAGA